AUGGCCCGUUUCAUGACGUACCUCGCGCUUAUGGCCCUCGCCGUCGUGGCAGUGACUUCGCCCGUUUCGGCCAUCCCGGACCCGAACAGCAUCGCCCGAGCCGCCAACGCUGAAGCAUCCACAACGCCCGAAUCAGUGAACAACGCCGCCGACACGGUGACCGAUAGCGCCGCCACCCUCACGGACUCGACCAGUACUAACACGGCUGCAGCCAUUUCGGACAGCAUCAGCAACGUGACCACGGAGACAAGCAUCAGCGCAUCGGGCUCGGAAUCGACCGCCGGCAGUAGCACCGCCAAGGCCUCGGACUCUGCGUCAGCAUCAGCUGCGGCUUCUGGCUCUUCGGGCUCCUCGCACGUGUCUCCCAACAUCGCUCUGGUGUCGGUGGCCGCAAUCGCUAUCACUGGACUCUUUAUCUAA